CGGCCUCAAGUACCUCUUCCGCGCCACGUUUCUCUAUGGCAACUACGAUGGCCUUAACAAGCCACCAGCGUCGUUCGACCUCUACAUCGGCGUCAACUUCUGGACGGUGGUGAACAUGUCUUGGUGGGGGUCGGACCAGGACAACAAGGCGGACGUGGAGGCCAUCGUAGUCAUGCCACACGACUUGGUGCAGGUGUGCCUGGUCAACACCGGCGGCGGGACGCCCUUCAUCUCCGGGCUGGAGCUGAGGCCGCUGAAGAUGUCGCUCUACCCACAGGCAACGGCGGAGCUGGGGCUGUUCAUGCGGAGCAGGCGAAACUUCGCCGCGAUAAACGAAACAAUCAUCAGGUUCCCCGAUGAUCCAUACGACCGGCUAUGGUACCCUAGGUCCGACGCCACGAUGUGGACAGAGAGGUCGACGACCGAGAGGGUGGAGGACGGCUUCGACAGCGGCAGCUUCGAGGCACCCAUGGCGGUGCUUCAGACGGCGAUAACGCCGCUGAACGCCUCCGGGAGCAUCAAUUUCGGCUGGGACACGGAGCCCCAACCAAACAACCCAUCGCCGGGGUAUCUUGCCGUCUUCUACUUCGCCGAGCUACAGGUGCUGGAUGGGAACGCCUCUCGCCAGUUCUACAUCAAUCUCAACGACGAGCUCUGGCACAACAGGGCGGUGAAGCCCGAAUACCUCUCCAGAAUCAACUUAUACAAUGAAUUCCCCAGCCCGCGCCAGAACCACUACGAUAUAUCCAUCAAGGCCACAGCCAAUUCCACGCUGCCGCCCAUCAUCAACGCCUACGAGGUGUUCUCUGUCAUCACCACCACCAACGUUGGUACAGAAUCCCAGGAUGCAUCUGCGGCCAUGGCGAUCAAGGCCAAGUACAAGGUGCACAAGAACUGGAUGGGUGAUCCGUGCUUUCCCAAGACUAUGACGUGGGAUAGUCUGAACUGCAGCUAUGCCACUGCCAGCCCUCCAAGGAUCAGAAGCAU